CUACUUCCGGAAGAAGUACGGCGCGCGGCGAGGGUCAUUCCCAGCCGUGUACUCGGGAGGGGCCAAGGUGCGGUGCUGUAGAUUCCGGCUUGUGCCUCCCAGGCCGGCCGGGCUGCUCUCGCAGGGCCUCCCGCGUCUGCAGCCUCGUGGCCGCCCGGGGCCAGCUCGUAAGGCUUGGACGCCACGACCGAGGCGGUGCGGCCAUGGACUUCUCCAAGUUCCUGGAGGAGGACUUCGACGUGAAGGAGUGGAUCAACGCGGCCUUCAGGACCGUCCCCAAGGAGGCGGCGGCCGGGAAGGUGGACGGCCACGCAGCCACCUUGGUGAUGAAGCUGCAGCUGUUCAUCCAGGAGGUGAACCACGCCGUGGAGGAAACAAGUCACCAGGCUCUUCAGAACAUGCCCAAAGUGCUCCGUGACGUCGAAGCUCUUAAACAGGAGGCAUCUUUUCUGAAAGAACAAAUGAUUCUUGUCAAGGAAGACAUUAAAAAAUUUGAACAGAACACAUCUCAGUCAAUGCAGGUGUUGGUGGAAAUUGACCAGGUGAAGUCCAGAAUGCAGCUUGCUGCAGAGUCACUUCAAGAAGCUGACAAGUGGAGCACCCUGAGUGCAGAUAUUGAGGAGACAUUUAAGACUCAAGACAUAGCUGUGAUUUCUGCCAAGCUAACAGGUAUGCAGAACAGCUUAACCAUGCUUGUUGAUACACUGGAUUACACUGAAAAGUGUGUGCACUUGGAGGCAUUGAAGAACAGGCUGGAGACCUUGGCCAGCACCCAGAUUGUUGCAGCAUUCACCUCUCAGUCUGUAGAUCAGUCCAAAGUGUUUGUGAAGGUGUUUACUGAAAUUGACCGGAUGCCCCAACUUCUUGCAUACUACUACAAAUGUCACAAGGUACAGCUUCUGGCAACCUGGCAAGAGCUGUGCCAGAGUGACCUACCCCUGGAGCGGCAGCUCACUGGACUGUACGACGCCCUGCUGGGUGCUUGGCACACGCAAACCCAGUGGGCCAUGCAGGUUUUCAAGAACCCGCAUGAGGUGGUGACCGUGCUGCUGAUUCAGACCCUGGGGUCCUUGGUGCCCUCUCUGCCCUUCUGCCUCAGCUCCGGUGUGGAGAGAGCAGGGCCCGAGCUGGAGCUCAUCAAACUGCUGGAGUUCUACGAUGCCACCACCCACUUUGCCAAGGCCCUGGAGAUGGCACUGCUCUCCCACCCACAUGAACACAACCUGGUAAAAGUCAUGGACCUGGUGGACGCUGUGUAUGGUCCUUACAAACCCUACCAGCUGAAGUAUGGUGACAUGGAAGAGAAGAACCUCCUCAUCCAAAUCAGUGCGGUGCCUUUGGAGCACGGGGAAGUUAUUGACUGUGUGCAGGAGUUGAGCCACUCUGUGAACAAGCUGUUUGGUCUGGCAUCUGCAGCCGUUGACAGAUGCAUCAGAUUCACCAAUGGCCUGGGCACCUGUGGCCUACUGACAGCCCUGAAGUCCCUCUUUGCCAAGUAUGUGUCUGAUUUUACCACCACUCUCCAGUCAAUACGAAAGAAGUGCAAACUGGAUGAUAUUCCUCCCAAUUCCCUCUUUCAAGAAGAUUGGACAGCUUUUCAGAACUCCGUUAGGAUAAUAGCCACCUGUGGAGAACUCUUGAGGCAGUGUGGGGACUUCGAGCAGCAGCUAGCCAACAGGAUUUUGUCCACAGCUGGGAAGUAUCUCUCUGACUUCUAUAGCCCUCGAAGCCUGACCGGUUUUCAGGAUAGCAUCUUGACAGACAAGAAGAGCUCUGCCAAGAACCCAUGGCAAGAAUAUAAUUACCUCCAGAAAGAUGACUCUGCCGAAUAUGCCAGUUUAAUGGAAAUACUUUAUACCCUCAAGGAAAAAGGGUCAAGUAAUCACAACCUACUGUUGGCAUCUCGAGCAGCUCUGACUCGGCUUAACCAGCAGGCCCACCAGCUGGCUUUUGAUUCCGUUUUCCUGCGCAUCAAACAGCAGCUACUGCUCGUUUCCAAGAUGGAUAGCUGGAACACAGUUGGCAUCAGAGAAACCCUGACGGAUGACCUGCCCACCUUCAGCCUCACCCCCCUCGAGUACAUCAGCAACAUCGGGCAGUACAUCAUGUCCCUCCCCCUGAAUCUUGACCCAUUUGUGACUCAGGAGGACUCUGCUUUAGAGCUGGCGCUGCACGCCGGGAAGCUGCCGUUUCCUCCUGAGCAAGGGGAUGAACUGCCUGAGCUGGACAACAUGGCUGACAACUGGCUGGGCUCGAUUGCCAGAGCCACAAUGCAGACCUACUGUGACGUGAUCCUGCAGAUCCCCGAGCUGACCCCGCACUCCACCAAGCAGCUGGCCACCGACAUCGACUACCUGAUCAACGUGAUGGACGCCCUGGGCCUGCAGCCGUCCCGCACCCUCCGGAAUAUUGUGACGCUCCUGAAGACCAAACCCGAGGAGUACAGACAGGCCAGCAAAGGCCUGCCCCGUCGCCUGGCCGCCACGGUGGCUGCCAUGCGGAGUGUGGACUGCUGAGCACCACGGCCCGGCCGAGGACAGGCUCCGGGUGGGCCUCCUGGGGUCACAGCAUCACUCCAGGAUGGAUUUGCUCUGCUUUGGAUUAGGCAGGAUUUGUUGUAAAAAGACCUGAUACAUUUGUAUAAUCCAAAAAAAAGGUUGUAAAUUAGAGGUGUAUUAUUAGAGAGGAGUUUUCAGGUGAUUUUUCAAAAUGAACCUACCUUGAAAAUGGAAUUAAUAAAUACUGUGUAAAAUGCAA